AUGGACAGUGAGAGUGCCAACAGAAUCCUUUUAGUUCUUGCUCAGGGAACUCAAGGAUCAGGAAACGGCUCCGGCACCCCUCCCCUCCCCACCCCCACCCCGCCUUCUGAGCGCAGAAACUCAACUCCGCCUCGCAACGACCGCAAGAGGGCGAAGCAGCGCCAGGGAAGUCGGGUGAAGCCCGAGCCUGUCCCAUGGGUCCGGCCGCCAGGAGGAGCGCCAUCCGUCGGGCCAGGAGUCCCCCGCCCAGAACCGCAGGACCAGCCAGUGCCCUCCUACCGGGUCUCCCGGACCGACCGGUGGCGUCACGUGACCCUCCGGCCCAGCCAAUCAGCGCAACUCUUCAGAGUAUUCAAAUCGGCGGCGGGGCCAACGGUAGUGCCUGGCUACCUCCGGGACCGCGAGUCAUGGGCCGCAGCUGGCUCUGACAGACCUCUGGGCCCUGUGGGCGAAAUGGAGAAUCGAGGUGUGCCUCCUGGGCCUUAUCGAGCCACCAAAUUGUGGAAUGAAGUUACCACAUCUUUUCGGGCAGGAAUGCCUCUAAGAAAACAUAGGCAACACUUUAAAAAAUAUGGCAAUUGUUUCACAGCAGGUGAAGCAGUGGAGUGGCUUUAUGACCUAUUAAAAAAUAAUAGCAAUUUUGGUCCUGAAGUUACAAGGCAACAGACUAUCCAACUGCUGAGGAAAUUUCUUAAGAAUCAUGUCAUCGAAGAUAUCAAAGGCAGGUGGGGAUCAGAAAAUCUUGAUGACAACAAUCAGCUAUUCAGAUUUCCUACAACUUCUCCACUCAAAAGUCUUCCACGAAGGCAUCCAGAAUUGAGAAAAAACAGCGUAGAGAACUUUUCCAAAGAUAAGGAUAAUACUUUUAAAUUACGAAACUUAUCUCGUAGAACUCCUAAAAAGCAUGGAUUACAUUCCUCUCAGGAAAAUACGGGGGAAGUAAAGCGUGAAAUAAUCAAUGAAGAUCAAGAAAACUCAAUUGAUAACAGAGAAAUAAGCCAGGAAGAUGUCGAAGAAGUUUGGAGAUAUAUUAUUCUGAUCUACCUACAAACUGUUUUAGGUGUGCCAUCCCUAGAAGAAGUCAUAAAUCCAAGACAAGUAAUUCCUCAAUAUAUAAUGUACAACAUGACCAAUACCAGUAAACAUGGAGUAGUUAUACUACAAGACAAAUCAGAUGACCUCCCUCACUGGGUAUUAUCUGCCAUGAAGUGCCUAGCAAAUUGGCCAAGAAGUAAUGAUAUGAAUAACCCAACUUAUGUUGGAUUUGAACGAGAUGUAUUCAGAACAAUUGCAGAUUAUUUUCUAGAUCUCCCGGAACCCCUACUUACCUUUGAAUAUUAUGAAUUAUUUGUGAAUAUUUUGGUUGUGUGUGGCUACGUCACAGUUUCACAUAGACCCAGUGGGAUACAUAAAAUCCAAGAUGAUCCACAGUCUUCAAAAGUCCUUCACUUAAACAAUUUGAAUUCCUUCAAAUCAACUGAGUGUCUUCUUCUCAGUCUGCUUCAUAAAGACAAAAACAAAGAAGAAUCAGAUUCUACUGAGAAACUGCAGAUGAGUGAUCAAGGAUUUCAAGAAAGAUGUGCUAAGAAAAUGCAACUAGAUAAUUUAAGAAACAGAAGAGCCAGUGCUAAUGACAUAAUGGGAGGAAGUUGUCAUAAUUUAAUAGGCUUAAGUAGUAUGCAUGCUCUGCCUUCUAACAUCAAACCAAGGUGCUAUUCUUUGGAAGGAAUUAUAGAUAUAUCAGACAGCUCAAGUAAAGAGGUCUCCAGUGUUUUCCAUCAAUCGGUUCUGAAUAUAGAAGUACAAAAAAAUAAACAAUUUUUAGAGUCUAAGCCCAAACAGAAAUCCUUCUUGAAUCUUCAUUCAAAGGAAAGUUUUGAAAAGCCACUCUGUGUUGGUUGUAAGAGAACCUCUACUUUGACUGUUCAAGACCAAAAGGAGUUAUGUAAUGUUAAAUGCAAGUCAAAGCAGCUUUGUAGAUCUCAGAGUUUGCUUUUAAGAAGUAGUACAAGAAAGAAUAGUUACAUCAAUACACCAGUGGCUGAAAUUACCGUGAAACCAAAUCAUAUCAGUCAUCUUGGACAAGACAGCACAAGUGUACAAACAGCUAUGGAAAGUCAACCAGGAGAGUCUAGUACCACAUUCAGUAGAAGACUCUGCAAAAGUACAAUAGAACUUCCAGAAAAUUCUUUUUCUCCAGCUUCUUCUAUGUUGACUGGCACACAAAGUUUGCUGCAGCCUCAUUUAGAGAGGGUUGCCAUCGAUGCUCUACAGUUAUGUUGCUUGUUACUUCCCCCACCAAAUCGUAGAAAGCUUCAACUUUUAAUGCGUAUGAUUUCUCGAAUGAGUCAAAAUGUUGAUAUGCCCAAACUCCAUGAUGCAAUGGGUACAAGACCACUGAUGAUACAUACUUUUUCCCGGUGUGUGCUAUGCUGUGCAGAAGAAGUGGAUCUUGAUGAGCUUCUUGCUGCAAGAUUAGUUUCUUUCUUAAUGGAUCAUCAUCAGGAAAUUCUUCAAGUACCAUCUUACUUACAGACUGCAGUGGAAACACAUCUUGACUACUUAAGAAAGGGUCAUAUUAAAAUUCCUGGAGAUGGACUGAUUGCUCCUUUGCCAACUUAUUCCUAUUGUAAGCAGAUUAGUGCUAAAGAGUUUGAUGAACAAAAAAUUUCUACCUCUCAAGUUGCAAUUGCAGAACUUUUAGAGAAUAUUAUUAAAAACAAGAGUUUGCCUCCAAAGGAGAAAAGAAAAAAACUAAAACAGUUUCAGAAGGAAUAUCCCUUGAUAUAUCAGAAAAGAUUUCCAACCACAGAGAGUGAAGCAGCACUUUUUGGUGACAAACCUACAAUCAAGCAACCAAUGCUGAUUUUAAGAAAACCAAAGUUUCGUAGUCUAAGAUACUGAAUUAAAAAUUAUAUAAUACUUGUGGAACUUUGACAAAUGAAGCCAUAUCUGAGAAUUCAGAACUAGAAAGGAAGUCUGUUAUUAAUAAGCUUUUCCUAAGUAAACACACUAUGUAAAGAUGUGCCAAAAUAGCUUAAUAAAUGCAUGUUCAAUGUAAGACUGCUAACAAAAUACUGGAUCUCAACUGAGAGCAAAUAACAAUGAGAAUAAGUGAUGCCAAAUAUUUUAAUCAGAAACAACCUUUUUUAUACAACUAUCUGGAAAAGUUACGAUGAUGUAUAUGAGAAUUUUAUUUACUUGAAUUUUGAAAACUGAUGUGUGUUCAUCAAGAUUAAGCUGUAAUUCUAUUUCUAAGUGAAAAAAACGUAUCUGCACAUGGGCACAUUCGCUAGUUGUUUAGGGUUACUUCUUUGUUUCUUAGUGUAAGAAAGUGAAGACUAUUUGAAAACAAUUCUCAACUACUAAAAUUGUACUCCUUUGUAUAUUUUUUUUCCAAUUUUGAUCUAUUUAUAUGUUUUUUAACUGUGUGUGUAUAUGUGUAUAUAUACACAUGUGUAUAUAUACGUGUGUGUGUGUAUAUAUAUAAAAUAAGAUUAUGGUUUUGCCUUAAACAUUUAUCCCAAUUGCUUCAGUCAUUCAUUUUUUUUAAUAAAUAUCUUUUGAAUUCUUAUGAACAUGUGUCGACUAAAAGAUGGAGAUAUAAAGGAAGUAUAAGGCAAUCAUGUAUUCAUUUUAAAGACAUUUAUUUAGCAACUGCUGUGUGCCUGUCAUUCCUCCACAUAUGGGGAAACAGUGAUGAGCAAAACAAAAAAUCUCUUUCCUUAUGGUAUUUACUUUCUAAUCAAGGGAGAUACACCCUUAAAAUAGCAGUACAUUUCCUGUAAUCAAAGCAAGCUGAAGACUGGCCUCUAUAUUAUGGGACAGUUCUCUCUGUUAGUGGUUUUCAAACUUUGCUGCAUGUUAGAAUCACCUGGAUAGUUUUAAAACAAUCCAUUAGCCCAAGGCCUACCUAAUACCAGUUAAAUUUGAAUUUUGGGAGUGGGAUGUAGGCAUUGGAAUUUUUUUACUGUAUAGGCAAUUCCAGUGUUGAGCCAGCUUUGAGAAUUAGUGCCCUAAAUACAGUUUAUAAACAUUUAAGUAAAUGUGAAGGAGGAGGCACACUGGCUUUAUUUUUCGUUGAAAGAUAAUAUCAAAUAUAAAUGCCUCUCAUCUUGAUACAAGGUUCUACAAAUUUCUGCUUUAUCGAACUGUUACAAACUUAAAGCAGACUUUCUUCCUUGUCUACUGCAGGAUUGUUUAAUAGUCAUAAGUGUAAAGAAAUAUGUAAUGCCUGGGAUAUAACAGACACUCAGUGUUCAGUGACCAUUCUGAUUUCUCAAUGUAAUUCCAUACUAUUGAUGUAUAAAAUGGUAGUGUUCCAUUUAGCAUUACUUUUAUUAAAAAUUUGGACAAAAAAUUAUGACCACAUCUUGAUCCCUAAAGCCCUACCUAUAAAAUUAUUGGGCCAGAUUAGAAUUCCUUCCGAAGUAUAUGUAUGCUUAAACUUUUCCUGUUUAAAGGUAUGUGAUAAUGUGAAUUAUGUUGCAAAUUGAGAUAAAAAUUAUUGUGGAUUUUGUAACAGUUUAAUUUUGUUUUUGUAUUUAUUAAAUGGCAUUAAAUAUAUAAAUAUUAUAAAAGAUAUAUUAACCUUUCAUCUGCAUUAGUGUG